UCCAUGGUCUCAUCCAUGACUGCCCUCCCGCCCGCCAUUGAUGAUAUCAUCAUCUAUUUCUUCUUCCUCCUCCCGCUCUCCGGCCGGCCUAGCUACUUAGUACUAUAUAGCCACACUGCCCUGCGCACUCGUCGGCCUUAGCUAUAGCCAAGACGACCAGCUACCAGCUAGCAAUGGUCUCCUUUUCCUCUGCCGCAAUCGCCGCCCCAUCCUUCGCUGCCGUCCGGGCGCCCGCCCGCGCCCUGGCCAGGAUGUCCUCUUCCUCCUUCACUGUACGCGCCUCGCUGAGCAAGGCGGCCGGCACUGCCGCUGUGGCUGUGGCCGCCAGCGCCCUGCUGGCCGGCGGCGCCACGGCGCAGGAGGUCCUGCUGGGCGCCGACGGAGGUGGGCUGGUCUUCGAGCCCAGCGAGUUCACCGUCAAGUCCGGCGAGACCAUCACCUUCAAGAACAACGCCGGCUACCCGCACAACAUCGUCUUCGACGAGGACGAGGUGCCCAGCGGCGUCGACACCUCCAAGAUCUCGCAGGAGGAGUACCUCAACGCCCCAGGCGAGACCUUCUCCAUCACCCUCACCGUCCCAGGCACCUACAGCUUCUACUGCGAGCCGCACCAAGGAGCAGGAAUGGUCGGCAAGGUCACCGUCAACUAGAUAGAUAGAUAGAUAUAAUCUUCACCAAUUCCAUUCCAUUCCAUAUAGGAGAGCGAUCGAGUUACGUUGCUUGUAAUCCCAUCAUGCACGACAUCAAUUGAUCGAUCAUCCAUGCAUUAUUUUGAGAACAACGACCAAGAGAGCUAGCUAGCAGCCACCUCCAUCAGCGAUAUGAUCGAGCUGCAUGCUUAAUUAUUUCCUCUUUUUGCUUGCUAGAUAGAUAUCCCAGUGUGUAUAUAUCAUCGAGGUAAUCUCAAUUGAUCAAGUAAUUAGUUGUA